AUGUCGAUCGGCCGAGCCCGUCUGGAAUUGAAAACCAUGAAAAACAUCGCUAGUUUUCUGCCAGAUUGUUCCAUAGAUGAUCGCUUAUCGAACAUGCUUCAGUUGUCAAGACGCCAUUCACAUUUUAAUGGCGGCGUCGCCAUCUUGGCAACCCCAAACAAGCACAGAGAAGCAAUAUUCCCAUCUCGUCAACUUAACCUUCCUCUGAAUAAACGCCAUAGCCACGGUAUCUACGACGACUGCAGCCCGCCAACAACAUACACCAAAAGGGCUGAAUGUCCAAUGGCUACUCAAACCUAUGUGAAUGAUAUACAGGCCAUGAAUCCUGCAAAUGUACAACAGAAUGCUUCAAAGUCACCUGUAGUCAGUCAGGCUCAAGUCGUCCAACAGCAACCACAGCAGCCUCCCCAGGCUCAGGUACAACAAGUCCAGCCGACACAGCAAGUGCAACAGCAGCAGGCACAAGUACAGCAAUUAGGCCAGCCGCAGCAACAACAACAACAACAACAACAACAACAACAGCAACAACAACAAGCAACUACUCCAGUAACAGGAGGAGCUAUCCAAAAAGUGUCUCAGGCACCUACAACAAUCAUUCAACCUGCCCAGGCACAUACAGGACACUCUUAUAUAGUUGCUACAUCAGUUCCUGAAGCAGCUGCUGAGCAGAGCCAUGAGCAGACAUCGGUUCAGCAAUCUGGUCAAACAGUAUAUUCUGCACAUGUCCAGUACGUAGACGCCAAUGACCAAGCUAUCUACACAGCUGCCAAUGGCCAAAUGCCAGCAUAUCAAGAAUAUGCACCGAAUACCAUGUACUCUUCUGUGGGUGGAGCAUAUUAUCAAACUGCUGGCAGUCAGAUGGCCACCAAUAUUACCCAUGUACAAAGUAUCCAAGGUCAGAUCAUUACUCAACAUGGCGGCACAUAUGUCAUCCAGAGUAGUCCAAUGGAUGGCGAAGGGGCUCCCCUCAGUCACACCACGAGAGCGUCCCCAGCCACAGUAAGUUUUGCUGUGCAAUGGCUCCUCGAUAACUAUGAGACUGCUGAAGGUGUAAGUUUGCCCCGGAGUACUUUGUAUAACCAUUAUCUACGCCAUUGCCAGGAGCAGAAUUUAGAUCCUAUGAAUCCAGCUUCUUUUGGUAAAUUAAUACGCUCAGUUUUCAUUGGCUUACGGACUAGGAGGCUUGGUACACGAGGAAAUUCAAAAUAUCAUUAUUAUGGAAUACGGAUCAAGGCCAACUCGCCUCUAAAUCAAUUCACAGAUGAGCAGACAAUGGCUUUACGCCAGCAACCAAUAUACCAGGGCAAAAAAAUGAGAUUUGCCAAUAAUAAAGUGGAAGGGUGUGAAAAUGAUAGCAUGUAUAGCCAUUAUAAUAGCACUCAUCAAGACACUUCACAGACACAACAACAACAUCAUCAGCAAUUUUUAGGUGAUGCAUCUGGUGCUAUCCCAAACUUUGUUGAAGUUGAUACAUCACAGAUGCCAUUACCUGAUGGCAUCAUGUUUGAACAUAUCCGGACCUUUGAAAAAGUCUACAGGGAACAUGCAGAGGCCAUUGUAGAUGCAGUCGUAAAUUUACAGUUUUCUUUGAUUGAAGCAUUAUGGCAGGGUUUCUGGAGGAAUCAAACACCAGAACAGCAGCAGAAUACUGACAACAAUUAUGAGAAACGGCUUCCAAAAGACAAACUCUAUGCGAUGUGUAAAUAUGAGCCUUUGCAAAAAUAUGUUCAAAGAUCAGAUUAUGCAUUUUACCAGGCUCUUGUUGAAGUGCUAAUACCUGAUGUUCUACGACCAAUACCUAGCUCAUUAACUCAAGCUAUUCGAAAUUUUGCUAAAAGUUUGGAAAAUUGGCUAAAGGGUGCCAUGCAUGGGGUUCCAGAUGAAAUGGUUAAGACAAAAGUUAGUGCAGUGGGUGCCUUUGCCCAGACACUCCGUCGAUAUACGUCCUUGAAUCAUCUUGCUCAGGCAGCAAGAGCUGUUUUACAAAACACUUCUCAAAUAAACCAAAUGCUGACAGAUUUAAAUAGAGUUGAUUUUGCCAAUGUUCAGGAGCAAGCCUCCUGGGUGUGCCAAUGUGAAGACUCUAUGGUUCACCAACUUGAGCAAGAUUUCAAAAAAACUCUUCAGUCCCAGAAUUCCUUAGAACAGUGGGCAGUCUGGCUUGAAGGAGUUGUUAAUCAAAUUCUUAAGCCACAUGAAGGAAGUAGUAAUUUUCCAAAAGCUGCAAGGCAGUUUCUACUAAAAUGGUCAUUUUAUAGUUCUAUGGUUAUCCGGGAUUUAACCUUACGUAGCGCUGCCAGCUUUGGUUCUUUCCACCUUAUACGACUGUUGUAUGAUGAAUACAUGUUUUAUCUGGUGGAGCACAAGGUGGCAGCUGCUACCGACGAGACACCAAUUGCUGUUAUGGGAGAAGUAAGACAGUUUAUUGAUCUUGGAAACACUGCCGCCUUGAAUUCCUUUGACUCAACUGAUAAUAAUACUGUUGGUGUUGGCAUGAAACCAGCAUACAUUCCUCAUACUGUAAUCAACAGUUCUGGAAAUGGCCAUGCUGUUGAAUCUGCCUCAACUAGCACCAAUGCCACCGCCACUGUUAUGGUUCUUACUCCGGCCAUCUCACACACUGGCAAUGUGACAACUAGUACAACCACCGUUCAGACCAACCCCAUCACCAAUGCCCAUCAAGUCACUCUACGAGCCACUCCAGCAACUGCACAAAUUGCAACAGGACAAAAGACAAUUGUGGUCAUGCCAGUUUCAACUGUUGGAGCUGGAGAUCCCCAUUCAAUGAAAAGAAUGAAAACAGAAUAA